AUGUCUACCCUUUCUCGCAUCUUCCGCACUUUCUCCACUUCCGUCUCCAACCCACCGGCGAAAUCGAUCUACGAAGACCUCUACAAAGAGCGGAAUCUCAAAAGGGUGGUAGAGAAAUUCAAGAAGUGCUCAGAAUCACAUCUGUUCCGUAAACAAGCCAACGUUUACGGCAACAUAGUCCGCCGUCUCGCCUCCGCCAGGAAAUACAAAUGGGUCGAGGAGAUUCUCGAGGACCAGAAACAAUAUCAUGAGAUUUCCAAAGAAGGAUUUGCUGUUCGGUUGAUUUCUUUGUAUGGAAAAUCAGGUAUGCUUGAUCACGCUUCCAAGGUGUUCGACGAAAUGCCUGAGCGAAAAUGCCCGCAGACUGUUAAAUCGUUCAAUGCACUUCUCGGGGCGUGUGUUAACGCGAAGAAGUUCGAUAAGCUUGACGGAUUCUUCCGCGAGUUGCCUGAGAAACUCUCCUUGAAACCGGAUAUUGUCUCGUAUAACACUGCGAUCAAAGCUUUCUGUGAGAUGGGUUCGUUUGAUUCGGCUGCAACUAUAUUUGACGAAAUCGAAAAGAACGGAUUGGAGCCUGAUUUGAUUACUUUUAAUACUUUGCUCAUCGGAUUUUACGGAAACGGUAGGUUUCUCGAAGGUGAGAGAUUUUGGGGGAAGAUGAUGAACACUAGCCUUUCACCCGAUAUCAGAACUUACAACGCUAAAUUGGUUGGACUGGUUUCCGAGAAGAAAUUAGCCGAAGCUGUUGAACUUUUUGACAAAUUGGAGUCUAAAAAUGUUAAGCCUGAUGAGUUUAGCUACAAUGCUAUCAUCAAUGGUUUCUGCAACAAUAGCGACUUGAAGGAAGCAAAGAAUUGGUACGCUAAAUUAGGGCAAAGUGAUUCUACUCCUAAUAAAGCGACAUUUGCAGCUCUGAUUCGUUUGGCUUGUAAAGUGGGCGAUUUUGAUUGGGCGAUUGAGCUUUUUGAGCAAACGAUUGAAGAAAAAUGUCUUGUUGAUCCAAAUGUUAUGCAACUUGUGAUCCAUGGAUUGGUUAAGGAGAAGAAAAUUGAAGAUGCUAAGAAGCUUGUGGGGAUUGGGAACUCGAAUAAGUUUAGAAAAUACAAUCUGAUCGUGCCUGCAGAUGAGUGA